GCUUGCGGAGCACCUGCCCGAGGAGCCCUCGAAGUUGCUGGCACAAGUCCUAUCACUCAUGCUGCAGGCCGAGCCGAAGGAGCGCAUUACAGCGCAGGAGGCGCUGGGAAAGAUGGAGCAGCUCGAGUCGAGCCUUUGGGCUGCAACCGGCGAAAUGCCUCGGCAGGGCGAGGACAAAG